AUGCCAACAAACGCUUAUUUCACAAUUGUUGCUAAAGAUUGUCCGAUUUAUGAAUUGGAAAUUUCAACAUCAAAGAAAACCGAUCAAUCACAACUUAAACAAUUUGUUUUACAUGCUUCUCUUGAUGCAGUUGAAGAAUUACAAUGGACAACUAAUGCUUUAUUCUUGAAAUCUGUUGAUAGAUUUAAUGAAUUUAACAUUUAUGGAUUUGUUACUGGUGGAAAUAUCAGAUUUUUAUUACUUUUUGAAAAUGAUAAAAAGAAUGAUGAUCAAACAAUUAAGAGUUUCUUUAGUGAUGUUUUUGAAUUGUAUAUUAAAAUCCAAAUGAAUCCAUUCUAUGAAUUGUAUACUCCAAUUACUUCACAUGAUUUUGAUACAAGAGUUAAACAAUUAGCAAAUAAGUAUAUUUCGUAAAUAAAGACAAAUUAGAGUUGUGUUAUUGAAUUGGU